GCUAAAUGCUCAAAUAAGCUAAAACAUAAAAAUAAUACCGUACAAUUCGUAAUUCAAUGGAAAAUUUAAGAAAAAUAUUUCUUAAAGGUUGAUAUUGAUAAAUGAUAGCUUAAUGUUCCUGAGAUUCCAAGAGGCUAACAAAGCUUCGAGAACGAGCGUUAUUUUGUAGAAGAAUUUUCAAUUGGUGCACAAAUGAGCCUGUUGCCUGCUUGUUUUCGUUGUUUCCGGGGUGGUAUCAAGUUGACAUUGCCGGGCACGAAUUCGUCCCCUGGUUUUCAUGGGACCUUAUCAAUUCAGCAGCAACGAUGGAAGGCGAAUGAUCGGAGGGCCCUAAUCGACUCGAUGCCCUUGAGGGAUACGGGAACUCAGGGGGAAAAAUCAUUGGACAUUGAUAUCAUGAGUGCACCAAAAGAAACACUCUUUCCUGACGAGGAUACGCCUAAUCAGUUAUUCCAUGGGAUAAAAUUUGCAGACAUCCCAAUUUGUCAUAUAAAAGUUUCCAAAAACAAUACUAUUUUGCAUUUGACCGACACGGUGGGAAAUAAAAUAGCGUAUCGAUCGUGCGGUCAAGAAGGAUUUAAAAAUACAAGAAAAGGAACAAACAUUGCGGCACAAACAACAGCGCUUGCUCUGGCAAAUUUGGCGAAAGAACAGGGAGUUGCUGCUAUAAAAAUUGCUAUUCAAGGAUUAGGACCUGGUCGUAUGAGUGCAGUUAAAGGAUUGCAAAUGGGCGGAAUGAAAAUUGUUGCAAUUGCUGAUACUACGCCAAUUUCUUGGCACCCACCACGAGCAAGAAAAGCAAGAAGAUUGUAGUUUUUUGAAGAUUGAAAAUAAUGUGUAUGAAAGUUUGAGUAAACAUUUUGUAAUGUGUAAAAUUUGUAGCUUUAAAAGUAGUUUUUUUAUUUAUAAAAUGGUAAUACAUCUAAAAUGAUUUUGUCGA